AAAGAAACACGCAAAAUCAUCGUGCUAAUGACAUCGAAAACUUGGAACUUGGCGGCCGCUAUGUGAGGGUGUGGCUGAUCUCCCGGCCGAAAGCAGGGAAUUCGCGGCAGCAGAUUCACUGGUGGUCGCCAGUGAAGGAACAAAUACCUUUUGUAGCUGGACAAGAUGCGUGGACAAGCACAAUCAUCUAUUGCUACGAUCUUUGGACAAACAUACACUCAAAAUGAAAGAAUCUAAACGUACAUUGUUGCUGUGCUUCAUCCACGGGUUCAAAGGAACCGACAACACGUUCAAAGACUUUCCUGGGGACCUGGAACGCCAGGUGUCGAAGCAGCUGCCCGAACAUCACGUCCAGUCUGUUGUGUAUCCCAAAUAUGAUACAAAGGGCGAGCUAGAGCAGGCGACAGCAGGCUUUGUCGAAUGGCUGAAGGAACGUGUAAUUGAUGUCCGCAAGGAACGACUCGAGAAACCAUGGCCGCCCGCCGAUCGCAAAGUCGGCGUUAUCCUUGUCGCUCACUCCAUGGGUGGCUUCGUCGCAGCUGACGCGCUAUUCCUCACCCUCAAGGACCGCCACUCCGACAGCGAGACCUUGUUCCCGCUCAUACAGGGCAUUCUCACCUUUGACACGCCGUACAACGGCCUUGCGCGGUCCAUGUUUGUCUAUGGCGCGUUCAGCAACUACUCAAAGGUAUCCAGCGUGUUCAACGCCAUGACGGCCCUGUCCGCUGCCGCACCAGCCUCCCUGGCGCGUCUCUCUCGCAGCAGGAACGCAACGGCGGCGACAGCGGCCAGCGCGAGCUCCUUCUCCGGUAGUUCCACGGCCUGGCAGCUCAUUGCGGUCCGAACUGGCACGGUGGGCGCCAUUGCUGCAGGUGGCGUUGCCGCGUAUGUGCAUCGUGAAGCGAUCAUGAAGGGUGUCAAGAACAUGCGGAACCUGAAGAAGGAAGAUGUUGUGGAUGGGUACAAUCAGAGCAUUGAGUCACUGGGUCAGGGUCUGGCGUACAUCAACCGUGGCAAUGUCGGACGCUCUUUCGCCUGGCUGUCUGACCACUUCACGUUUGUAGGGUCACUCCUCAAGCCAAAGGAGCUCAGCCAGCGACUAGAUCGCCUCGCUGCCCUGGAGGGUGUUGGUGUUCACGAUUUCUACGUCUCCAUGGGAGAAAACGGGUACUGGAGUGGUGGUUAUUUCGUCCCAGAGCGCAUGUUCUGCGCAGUGCCUGAGGGCGACCACCCUGCUGCCAAGCUGUUCGAGAGGAUCGUGCUGCGCGAUGCGGAAGACGAGAUUGGUGCGCACGUGAGCAUGUUUCGCCCGCAGAAGAACAGGGGAUACGAAAACAUGACAGAUCGCGCGGCUGAGCUGGUGAAAGAGUGGUUCCUCAGCGACAAGCCGAUUGUGGAUGCCGGGUAUCCCGAGGACGAGGCUGACAAGUCCGAGGACAAGGCUGUCGACGAGGCAAUCAAGAAGGCAGAGCACGCCGACGCCGACGCGGAGGACAAGGCCAAGGAGGUUGCCGAGAAGGACGAUGGGGGUAUACCGGAUGAGUCUCCCAUCGACAUUGCCAACGCGGCUGCGCUCGUGCCGCUCCCAGGGGGCGGGGACGACCUGACUGCGGACCCUGAUGCCGACACGGACGAGAAGAGGACCUACAUGCAACACCUUUUCCAAGUCGCUGAGCAGGCUGGCUCUGGUGUGCGAGGGUGGAUGCCGACCAAGGUGCCUGAGAUGCCCAGCAUCGGGAUGCCAGCGGCAGUGUCGAAUCUGGGUAAGGGAGUGCAGAUGCCGAGCAUUUGGGGGAAGAAAGGAGACAAGCCAGCGGAAGAAGCGAAUAAGACUGCUGACGCCCAGGAGACGACGAAAGAAGGGGGUGAGUCAGCUGAAUCUACUCAAGCGACGGUGGAAGCAGAGGAAAGCAAGGAGAAGGGCGAGGCUGAUGUUGAGAUGACUGAAGCAGAAGAGAAGCCCGAGUUGAAAUCUUAAGUCAGUUGGUUGGUCAAAUUGUCUUUUGUAGUUAUAUCGAUAGUAUCUAAUAACAUGAGCUCUCCAUACCAAGCAG